CCUCCUCACGGCCCCUCGCUGGUCACUUCCGGUGCCGCCAUGAGCUCGGCGGGCCGCCUCGGCGGGGCGCUGGCCUUGGUCACAGGAGGUGCCAGCGGCAUCGGCCGAGCCGUCUGCGCCCGCCUGGCGCGGGAAGGCGCCCGCCUGGCGGUGGCCGAUCUGGACGAGGGGGGGGCACGGGACACGGUGGGGGGGCUCUGUGGAGGGGGGGGGGGGCCACCCCCCACCCCCCCCCACGCCGCCUUCGGGGUGGACGUGGCCUCGGCCACCAGCGUCACCGAGCUCCUGGCCCGCGUCCAGGACCAUUUUGGGGUCCCCCCCCGCGUGUGCGUGGGGUGUGCGGGUGUCACCCGUGACGAGUUCCUGCUGCGGCUGGGGGAGGGGGCCUUCCGCGAGGUGCUGGGGGUCAACCUGACGGGGACCUUCCUGGUGACACAGGCGGUGGCCCGGGCGCUGGUGGCCACGGGGGCUCCCGGCGGCUCCAUCAUCCACGUGGGCAGCAUCGUGGGCAAGGUGGGCAACCUGGGCCAGGCCAACUACGCGGCUUCCAAAGCCGGGGUGGAGGGGCUGACCCGGAGCUGCGCCAAGGAACUGGCCAGGUUCGGGAUCCGGUGCAACGCGGUGCUGCCGGGGUUUAUUGUCACCCCCAUGACGGACAAGGUGCCCCCCAAGGUGCUGGAGAAGUUUGCAGGGAUGGUGCCGCUGGGACGUCUUGGGGACCCGCAGGACGUGGCGGACGUCUGCGCCUUCCUGGCCUCGGAGGAGAGCAGCUACAUCACGGGGGCCAGCGUGGAGAACGCCCCGCCCGCCAUGGCCGCCCCCGCCAACGCGCAGAGCGCCAGCAAGACCUGGGAGCUGAGCCUGUACGAGCUGCACCGCACCCCGCAGGAAGCCAUCAUGGAUGGGACGGAGAUCGCGGUGUCCCCGCGCAGCCUCCACAGCGAGUUGAUGUGUCCCAUCUGCCUGGACAUGCUGAAGAACACCAUGACCACCAAGGAAUGUCUCCACCGCUUCUGCUCCGACUGUAUCGUCACCGCUUUGCGCAGCGGGAAUAAGGAGUGUCCCACGUGCCGGAAAAAAUUGGUUUCCAAGCGAUCCCUGCGACCGGAUCCUAACUUUGACGCCUUGAUUUCCAAGAUCUAUCCCAGCCGGGAUGAGUACGAAGCCCAUCAGGAUCGCGUCCUGGCCAAGCUCAGCCGCCUCCACAACCAGCAGGCGCUCAGCAGCAGCAUCGAGGAGGGGCUCAAGAUGCAGGCGAUGCACAGGGCUCAGCGAGUUCGGAAGCUUCACCAGGAAUCGGAUAAUGCCACGUUCAGCGGCGGAGAGGACAACUGCGACAGUCGUUCCCACCUCAGCAACGCCUCGGCUCCCAGUCAUCCCGAGGCCGGACCCAGUCGGAAACGUUCCCGAGCUUCCGACGAUUCCGGGCCCGAUCCUGAUCCCGAAACCUCUCACGAGGGGGGAGGGCGGGGGAGCCCCGAGCCGGGCGCCGAACCGGGCAGCAGCGAGAUCGAGCUGGUUUUCCGUCCGCAUCCUCUUUUGGUGGAGAAGGGCGAGUAUUCGCAGACACGGUACGUGAAGACGACGGCCAACGCCACGGUGGAUCACCUCUCCAAGUACCUGGCCCUACGGAUCGCCUUGGAGGAAGCUCCGGGGCCGGGCCCCGAGGCGACGGCCGGGCUGGAGGAGGUGAGCGAGAAGCAGUACACCAUCUACAUCACCACCGCCGGCGGAGCCUUCACGACCCUCAACGGGUCCCUGACGCUGGAGCUGGUGAACGAGAAGUACUGGAAGGUCAGCAAACCCUUGGAGCUCUACUACGCGCCCACCAAGGAGCAGAAGUAGGGGGGGGGGGGGGGGGGGAGACCCCCCCGGACCCCCCCUGGGUCCUUCAGGACCCCCCCAGGGUCCCCCCCCGUCCCCACAGACUGGCUGGGGGCUCCUGAAGGUGUUUUUUUUCUCUCUCUCUCUCUGGAGCAGCAGCAUCGGGGUGAUGCUGGCGGGGGGGGGACAUGGGGGGAGGGGGUGUGUAAUGGUCCCCUGUCACCUGCUGGGGGAGGGGAAGGGGAGGUGACAAUCCCAGUGCCCCCCCCCCCAGGGAAGGAUUGGGACAGGGAUCAUCCCCAGUCACCCACUGGUGGUAAUGGGGGGGGGCGGACACAGACAGGGACAAGCCCAGUGUCCCCUUCCCACCCAGGGAGGGAUUUGAGGCGGGGGGUGAAGUCCUGGUGCCCCCCCCCCCCCCCCCCCGGGGGGGGGAAGCUGGGAGCCCCCGGCCCAGGCUCCAAGGGGGGGGGGGACUGGGGGGGGGGAUUCAGCCCUGGGAAACCCUAAGCUGGGCUGGGGGGGGGGGACACAAAGGGAAACCCCAGCCUGGGGGGGGGGGGGGGUUAUGUACACAGCUGACACCCUCCCCCCCCCGCCUGAAAUGCCCCCCCCCAGUCAUCUCCUGGGGGGACACACACGACGCUGUCCUGGAUCAGGGGGACAAAAAUCUAUGGGGCUCUGGGGGGGGUCCUGAUGCCUGACACGUCCCCCCCUGCCCCACUUUGGAGUGAGAGAAGCCUCUGAGCAGCCGGCGAUGGCGGGGGGGAGAGCUAGAGGUGACACCCAGGGGGUCCCACUGCAUGGGGGGGGGACACUGACCCCCCCCCCGGUGUCCCC